ACUGAGCAGGCCCAAAUGAGCGAAUUUUGGCCACAGUCCUCCCUCGGCUGCGUACGCACAUAUUACCUGCGCUGCACUCAAUUUCGGGCCUCAGCCGCUCCUCAGGUCCGCCUCGGGCUUGGCCUCACCUCGCCCCUCUACUCGCAGAUUUCAGAUAUGCUUCAGUCACCUUUGACUAAGAGCCUGAGGCUCUACAGCACCAAAGCAGCAAGGAAUAGGCAAGCACUGGAGCGCAUAAUCCGUGUUGACCAUGCAGGAGAGUUAGGAGCAGAUCGUAUCUAUGCAGGCCAGAUGGCAGUAUUGGGCAAAACAAGUGUAGGACCAGUUAUCCAACAUAUGUGGGAUCAAGAGAAGGAACACAAGGCCAAAUUCGAGGAACUAAUUCCAAAGUAUAGAGUCCGACCUACAGUUCUUGUACCCAUAUGGAAUGUUGCAGGCUUUGCUUUAGGAGCAGGUACUGCUUUACUGGGCAAAGAAGCAGCAAUGGCUUGCACCGUGGCUGUGGAAUCAGUUAUUACCGACCAUUAUAAUUCCCAGCUUCGAGAACUGAUCCACUACGGAGAAGAGGAAAACAAAGAAUUAAUUGAAGUUAUUAAAAAAUUCAGAGAUGAUGAAAUGGAUCAUCAUGAUACUGGCUUAGCCCAUGAUGCAGAGUUAGCACCAGCAUAUAAAACAAUGAGCAGCAUCAUAAAGAUGGGCUGCAAAGCAGCUGUUUGGAUAUCUGAGAGAGUUUAAUUUUCUUGUUAAAUCUCUGUAUAUAAGAAAAUGUAAAAUACAUAUAUUUCUUUCUAAAUAAAUAAAUGUGAUGUUCUAA